GUGUGCUGAAAGCGGCCACUUCACGUAGUUACCAUGAGACGAGGGGAUGAAGAAACGAGAGACACCUGAGACAGAAGCGUUUAUAGGGGACACCAGACCAGGAAUAAACGGUGGGGACAACCAGUAGGCCAACAGAGUGACCCUAGAUCUCAGCCAUCCAUAAAUAUGAACCUAUCCCGAUGGAUUGCAACGGUCUUCCAAGCUCACAGACCAACAUCUUCUCAUCUCCAUCUUCUGAACGAGAGCCAGCCUCUCCAGAAUCUGCAGCCACCAAACCUGGCGGAGCAGGCCGGAGCUGGACCUAUGGCUGCAGAUGGACUGAAUGCUCUAUUCCAGGAGGCCAUCUCUAGCCUGGGAGGGAAGGAGAGCGUGCUAUUAGUGGGGGAGGCUGGAUACGGCCCACAGAGCGAUGGCGGCAACAGCGGGAUUUUGGAUGAACUGUCAUUUGCCCUCUUUCAGCCACCCGAUUGGCGUUAUGUGCCGAGUAAAGAAGACAAAGUUCUUGAAGGACCUAACAAAGUUCUGAGCUCAGUCACGUCAACCUCUCCGUCUCAGUCCAGGACGCUGGAAUUUCCAGUCAUUUUGGCAGUUUUUCGGGAAUCACUAGUGAUGGAGGCUGCAAAGAAUACGCUGGUGAGAGAGAUAUUGAGGGACGUUAGGGUGAGGACCAGCAGAUCGACAUGCAAGGUGGUCGGCAUCAUCUACACUAGAGAGCCUCUUGAAAAACAGAAAAACAUGGAGUCCAAGGAGCGUCUCCGCAAGCUGAUGGGUCAGGUCUUUACAGGACAGCUGUGGGGGGUCUGCUGCUACUCAAGUUCCCAGCCAAAAUCCAUCCGGGAGGUGAAGCUGACCAUCAUGGCCACACUGGAGGGGAGAAAUAGAGACCACGAUGACUACACAGAAGACCAAAUGAUGGGGCUGGAUACUUCAUUCCGGGAUCUAGUCUGCCGGCUGGGAGGCAAAGAAAGAUUCCUUCUUCUCGGGAACAUCUGCACGUCUGUUCGUCCUUCCGAGAAAGCUGGGAUCUUCAGAGAAGUCUCCAAAGCCCUUUUUGAUGACCACUAUGAAGCGGUGGAGUAUGAGGAAGUGAUAUCGAACUCUGGGAAGGACAUGAGGCCAUCUGAGUGCAUUCAGCUCCCCAAACCCAAGUCCUUCCCCUACCCUCUAAUCCUGGUGGCCUUUCGUUCAACAUUUCUGAGAGAAGACAUCAACAGGCCUCAGGUCAAGGAGAUAUUGGUCGAUGUCAAGACCAGGGUGAAGAUGUCUUCUACGUGUGUGAUCGGUGUGGUUUAUAGCCAUGAGCCUCUGGAACUGUCUGAGGAGCAGGAGUUCCACAUUCUGCUGCAGAAGAUUUUGAGUAAGACCUUCAGUUGUCCCAUAGGGGUCUGCAGCUUCGUGAGGAACAACCUGGAGUCAGCAGAGGGGGUGAAGAGAUGUGUCUGCCAUGUCCUAAAGCAGAGGAACUGAUCUAUCUCAUAUCACAUCUCCCCAUAUUGCUUCCUGCCCAUUGUAACCCAUGAGGCGCGCCCAAGAUGGCUGCCCUGCCUAGUGCUAUCAGGGGUAGCAUGAACAAUCUGUGGGACUGGAUUAGCGAUGCUAACAGGGUCUCCUUUACUAUGUACUCUACAUUCAGGGCGGGAUAUAGUGAUCAAACCUCCAAAAUCUGCCGUUUUCAGAGGAUUGCCGCAAUACCCAUGUGUAUCAAGCUCCGGAAAGCGAAACUCUACAGGGCUUGUGCGCAAUAGGCAAAGCCGCCUAUAGAAGCCUAUGGGAUUAUACAUCAGGUCUGCUGUUUAUCUUCCCUAAAGGAAAUACAUAAUGAGGACGCUGGGAUUUGAACAUGAGAUCGCCGAAUCUGGUGUGGAGAGGGAGCGGGAAGUGUUUUCGGUAACGUGUCACAUUCCUCUGCCCUUAUCAAAUACAUUUCGUGCUGUGUCACAGUGCCACCAGGCAGCCAGUGUCCGCACAUCCACUACUACUGCAGGGAAAGCGCUGUGAUUUAUUAUAUAACGGCGUCACUUUACUGAGGCUGCAGUUAUAAUAGUUGGGCUGCAAUUGCGUGCAAACGGCUGCUGGGAUCCCAUUAAUUUUCAAAUGUGCUUGCACGUAUACCGGCAAUUAUUGAUCAUGUAGAUCUUAAAAACGAGCACUUACACAGGGUAACGUCUCCACAAAAUUGGUCAGAUCGCCGUUACGCGCAAUGCUGCAUCGAAUAAUCGCCGUAUUAAACACGUCAAAUGUUAUUGUGCCACCUCCUGCCUAGAUCUUAUAGAUUUUUCUGCCUCCACCUCAUUAAGGGGCAUAUUUCUUAUAGAAUGCGUUGUUCGCCCAAAUAUUGAGUAUCCUUUUCACCGCAUACUGUAGGUGCAGUUGCGGGGUUGCGAUUUGUGAGGAGGAGGGUUCGGAGCAAUUAAUUGUGUCAAUGCAGCCCCAUCCCCGCUUCUCAGAACCAAGGCAUCGGGAAAGGGGAGGGAUCUAUGAGGAUGGUGAUGAGCGAAACGCGUCUAUAUACAGAAGUGAUCAGUGCAAGUUCUUUUUGGGAUACCACAAUAACAGAUGGUCUGGUGUAAAACAAUCCAGCAUUAUUUCUAAUAUAUAUAUAUAUAUAUAUAUAUAUAUAUACACACACUAUUUUUGUGAAACGCGUGAAAAUAUUUGAUAAAAUGGUUUUGAUUCAUUCCCUCCUGCUUAUACAGUCACUGUUGGGUUAAAGAACAUACAGAAUGGCGUCUGUGUCUGUAUGGGAGGUGGUGGAGACUGAUGUUGGCUUACAAACCUGUUUACACAGUGGGAGAUAGAGAGAGAGGCGGGGAAAGAGAUAGGAGGAGUGUGUGUGGUAUGGGAUGGACAGCCUGGGGGAGGGACGGGGGGACUGCUCAGUGGUCUCUCCAAUAUCUUCUUGCUUCUUUGUUUCAUAAACAAAUCGAAAAGUUAAUUCUGUCAUUUUUAAAAUGUAUUGCACUAUUUUCUUAUCGGUUAUUGAUAGCCCUAUACCUGUAGAGUGUAAGCUCUUGGGAACACGCACUUUCUUCUGUCCCAAUGCUGAUUGUUUACUAACUAAAAUAAAUGCAAAUAUUUAAA